AUGCACCACGACGGUGUGCAGUUACCAAAUUCACCAAAGGCUGACCAUGCUCCACCUCCUCCUACAGCGAGCAAAAAAAAUAGAUCCAACUGUUGCACCUCCCCGCAAAAAAAAACCGUGCUCCACCUCCUCCUCCGGCUGCUGCCGAACUGCUCGCACGCCUUCCACCCGGAGUGCAUCGACCCCUGGCUGGAGGCGCGGAUCACGUGCCCGCUCUACCGCGCCAACCUCGAGAAGCCGCCGCCUCCGCCGCCGCCCGCCGUGGCGUCCCUGUCGCCGGAGCAGGUGGCGCGGCGUCAGCCUUCGCCUUCGUCGUCGCCGCCGCACGCCGUGGCGAUAUCGGUGCGGGAAGAGGAGGAGAGCGACGAGGACGACAGGAAGGAGGAGGCGAUGGAGCUGGAGAUGCUGCGCAGCGAGCGGCGGGCGGAGAGGCUGUCGAGGUCGCACUCGAUGGGGCACUCGCUCUUCGCGGCGUCGGCGGCGGCCGCCGAGCGGAGCGACCACGAGAGGUUCACCCUGCGGCUGCCGCACCACGUGAGGGAGCAGGUGCUCAGGUCGCGCCGCCUGCGCCACACCACCAGCCUGAUCGACCUCGCCGGAGCAAGCCCCGAGGGGAGCGUGCGCGGUGACCGGCCCGCGGGCAGGGGAGGCAGCUUCGGCAACGCCGGCGGCAGCUUCUGCAACGCCGGCGGCGGGCGGCGGUGGCAGGCGUUCCUGGCGAGGACGAUGUCGUGGGCCCGAGGGGGAGGCAACGGGUCGGUGCGGAAGGGGUGGGAAGGGUCCACGUGGAGGGGAAGGGACGAUCCCGAGUCGAGCAAAAAGGGGGCCGCUUCGCCGGCGGUGGCGCGGCCAUGA